AUGGACCGUUUCACGCAAACUAUCGACUCAGCAAUUCAAAGCAAGGACUAUGCUACACUAGCAGGAGUCUUUUCUUUUGGACCCGAUUCGUGGCAAGCAGUGGGCCAAGGGGAACAGAGAAGUUUGGCAGCUCACUUCAUCAAAUCCGCGGUGGCUGCACCAGGCUUUUUGCCAGCUGCCUUUUCUUCCGGACAAAUGAUGAAUGUCAUGCUGGAAACACUCAAACACCUUCCAAGCACAGUGGAUGGCGCAGCUGACAACAAGCUCCGGCAAAUGAUAUUUGACUACAAGGUCAAUGAAGAGGGCGAGUAUGCAGAAGCGGCACGAAUUCUUGCUGGAACUAGGAUGGAAGAUAACGACCAAAGUGUUUACUACAUGACUCCACAGGACAGGUGUGAUGUCUUUGUAAAGAUUGCAGAGUGUUUUCUCGAGGAAGACGAAAUUGUGGAAUCAGAUUCGGCAGUGACCAAAGCCGGUGGAGUCGUGUCCGCCAUUGCCAAUCCAGAACAGCACAUGACACUCAUCUUGAGGUACAAAUCGACCUAUGCUCGAGUGUUGGAUGCCAAUCGAAAAUUCUUGCAAGCGGCAUCGCGUUAUCAUGAUUUGAGUCAGAGUCCUGGUGAAAUCAUUCGUGCUGAGGAUCUUCUUGGAAUGCUUGGACGAGCUGCAACAUGUGCUAUUUUAGCUCCCAGCGGACCACAGCGGCAACGAGUCCUAGCUCAUAUCUACAAGGAUGAACGAUUGUCUCAAUUGGAUGCCAUUACAACAUUUGAAACCCAAUCGGUCAUUCUUACAAAAAUGUACAAACACCAGAUCUUGCAACCGGAAGAGUUGAAAAAAUUUGAAUCCUCUUUGCAACCGCACCAAAAGGCCGUUAUGGGAGAUGGUCUUACCAUUAUGGAGCGUGGAGUAGUGGAACACAACAUGAUUGCUGUUAGCAAAAUUUACGAUUCCAUAUUUUUCAGUGAAUUGGCAGCUGUCUUGGGUGUCAAACCGGAAAAAGCAGAGAAGAUUGCCGCUAGAAUGAUAAUGGAUGGAUCAUUGGCUGGUUCGAUUGACCAAGUAGAGGGGCUACUAGAAUUCGAAUCUGAAGACUCGGAUCAAAUGGUUUGGGAUAAGGCGGUUUCAAACUUUUGUCAGGAUCUGAAUAAAAUGACGGACGCAAUCAAGGCUCUCUAA